AUGAGUUUAUUACCUCCAACCUAUGAAAUCAGCAAAUCUGGGACCAGUAUAAAGGGUGCCCUGGCUCCUGCUCAGCUCAUUAUUCCACUAGAAGCCCAUCCAGCCAUCCCUCCUUUGGGCCUGUUGCACGUCCAGCUCAGAAUGUCUCAGCAGAAUCAGUGCUGCCCCCCACCCCAGCAGUGCUACCCUGCACCCAUGCAGUGCUGCCCCCCACCCCAGCAGUGCUACCCCGCACCUAUGCAGUGCUACCUUGCACCCCAGCAGUGCUACCCCGCACCCAUGCAGUGCUACCCUGCACCCAUGCAGUGCUGCCCCCUACCCCAGCAGUGCUACCCUGCACCCAUGCAGUGCUGCCCCCUACCCCAGCAGUGCUAUCCUGCACCCAUGCAGUGCUACACCACACCCCAGAAAAACUGA